AACUCCGGUUCAGCAAGAAGGCUAAUGGCUGAGCAAACCUUUAUCAACGUUUUUAUUCUAAGGAGCAGAGUUAAACCAGGAGUACAAGUUAAUCAGAGAGUCGCUCAACGUUUUAUUCAUUGCACAAAAAAUGGCGGAUUAAUGUAUAGUGUUAGUUAUAACCCUUUUCCUAAAAUAUUUGAAAUGGAUAAAAGAGGGUGUAAGGAAAUUAAUACAAAUCACUUAAUCUAAUCCAUUAAAAUGGUCCAGAGGCUACGUUAUGCAACCUAAGUUUAUGCCCAGACAAUCUCCCUACUACUUAGACAACGAAAAGAAAUUAAUCGGUUAAUAAUAUAACGGAUGAAUCAACAACAGUUACACUCUUUAAAAGGGGAACCAAAAUUUCGUCGUCGUCAUCAUCCCCUUAGUUAAUCAACUCAGUAGAAUACUAAGUAGCAAACACAAAAGCAAAAAAGGCAAUAUAAUGGCUUCCACUGCAUCGACUUUGUUGUUCUGGCCGAGAAGAUGUGGAGCUGGGAAUUGGGAUCAUCAUCCUCCUACACGUAACCUACGUACUUUGUGGGAUGCAAUAAUAAUAGCAGCGUUGAUGCGCUUAAUCCCACGUGCGUUGCUUCCUACAGCAACACAAGACACCAAGCAAGCUAGUGCUCCAGCUGGUCACUCGAUCGGCACCUUAAUUACUCCAAAGUCCAAACCCCACUCGGCGACGGGCCAAGUCGGCCCCGUAUCCAGGGAAGCCGGCUGCGAUACUGACGAUAUUGAUGCUGGUAGUGACGAUAUUGAUGCUAGUAGUGAUGAUAUCGAUUGAUCUUGAUACGAAAGUGAAACUUCUAACUAAGAUGAAUGUUCUAACUAUGGACAUUGAAAUAAACUGAUUUUUAUAUCAACCUUCAAUUCAAAUUAGCAAAAGCAAGGUCUCCAUUUAUGACCCAUUUAACAAGCUAUAUACCAAAUAAAAAGUGUAGAACAAU